AUGAGGGGCCGCAGGGGCGACCGUAUGACCAUCAACAUCCAGGAACACAUGGCUAUCAAUGUGUGCCCAGGGCCCAUCCGGCCCAUCCGCCAGAUCUCUGACUACUUCCCCCGCCGGGGACCAGGACCCGAAGGGGGUGGCGGAGGCUACCGGGAGACCUCUGCUGGUCUGGCUCCCCUGGCCUUGGCUCCCCCUGCAGCCCUUCUUGGCGCCACCACGCCUGAGGACGGAGCUGAGAUGGACAGCUAUGACUCCGAUGAAACCACCGCCUUGGGCAUGUUGGAAUUUGACCUUCUCUAUGACCAAGCUUCCUGCACACUGCACUGUACUAUCCUCAGGGCCAAGGGCCUCAAGCCCAUGGAUUUUAACGGCUUGGCCGACCCCUAUGUCAAGCUGCACCUGCUGCCUGGAGCCUGCAAGGCCAAUAAGCUCAAAACGAAGACCCAGAGAAACACACUGAAUCCCGUGUGGAACGAGGACCUGACGUACAGUGGGAUCACGGAUGACGACAUCAUUCAUAAGGUGCUCAGGAUCUCCGUCUGCGAUGAGGACAAGCUGAGCCACAACGAGUUCAUCGGGGAGAUCCGUGUGCCCCUCCGCCGCCUCAAGCCUUCCCAGAAGAAGCACUUUAAUAUCUGCCUUGAGCGCCAGGUCCCGCUGGCCUCACCCUCUUCCAUGUCUGCGGCACUGAGAGGCAUCUCCUGUUACCUGAAGGAGCUGGAACAAGUGGAACAGGGCCCUGGGCUGCUGGAGGAGCGCGGCCGCAUCCUGCUAAGCCUCAGCUACAGCUCUCGGCGCCAGGGGCUGCUGGUGGGCAUUGUGCGCUGCGCCCACCUCGCUGCCAUGGAUGUCAAUGGCUACUCAGACCCCUAUGUCAAGACGUACCUGAGGCCGGAUGUGGAUAAGAAAUCCAAGCAUAAAACAUGUGUGAAGAAGAAGACCCUGAACCCAGAGUUCAAUGAGGAGUUCUUCUACGAGAUGGAGCUCUCUGCUCUGGCCACCAAGACUCUGGAGGUCACAGUGUGGGACUAUGACAUUGGCAAAUCCAACGACUUCAUCGGUGGCGUGUCCUUGGGGCCAGGCGCCCGGGGGGAGGCCCAGAAACACUGGGGCGCCUGCCUGCAACAGCCUGACAGAGUGCUAGAGCGCUGGCACACCCUGACCAGCGAGUUGCCUCCCGCCGCUGGGGCUCUCCCCUCAGCCUGA